AUGCAUGGUGUAGGUGAACAUAAGCAACCGACUCGUUUUAAUAAACAUGCCGAUGUUCAUAGAUUCACUAGUUUUAAUAAACAUGCUGAUGAACAUCACGCUAAACCUACAAAUACCAAACCUAUGUAUACUGAACCUACAAAGACUAAACAUACAAAUACUAAACAAACAAAUACUACACAUAAUUCAACAUGUCAAGCACGUGGUAGUCCAGGUUGGAAUGACUUAGCGUACAUACCUCUAGGAUAUUUUUAUUCAGACAGCUCUACUACUCCGCAGGAAUGUUGUAACGAAUGUAUUACCAAUCAAAAUUGUUUUGAAUGGUACUUUAUACCUAUUGAUUCUCUUUGUUAUAUUGUAACUAGUAAUCCAUGCUCAAAUGCAACUUAUUCAAUGAGCUGUGUUGGUCUUGAAGGUGGAAGUGUUCGUUGUAGUGGUAGCAGUAACUGGUAA